AUGGAAGAUAUUGACCAGUGGCAAGACCUGCCGGCGGAGAUAACAGCACUUAUCCAGGACCAGCCGGGUCUUAAGUUCAACACAAGGCCAUUAAACUCUCGUGAAGAUCUAGAAAGGGCCUAUAAUUUACUCCAUGAUUUCAUUCCGGGAUGGGAUGAUUCUUCAAAGACGUUUGGCAUCGGGAACCUCGCUAUGUCGGUGCUUUUUGCAUACGGCAAAAUGAUAUCCCGAGUUCGACGACCACAUAUGGAUGAAUUGGUUGUUUUUCGUGGGGCGCCUUAUGAUAUUCUCUCACGGAGAUGCAGUGGGUGUGGCCAGCAGGUCCUGGAUGAUCCAUUUCCAUACUGGUCCAAGUACAACCCCGGUAUUUACGUAUCAUGGGCAGUUGCAGGCGGCUGCGGAAACCCUGGCUGUGGGUUUUCAUACGCCUCCCUCAAACCGUUUGAUAAUAAGGUGCGCUGGUCUGCAGCAAACGCGGGGCGAGUGAGUAAGGAGGCGCUUGAUAAAGUUAACGCUCGAAGAGCUCAAAAACCGAGCACUUGGCUCCUCCGCACCGAGGCAGAGCGGGGGAACCCUCCCUGA